CAGAACGAUAUGGGAUUCUGCAACACGGUUUUCAUUCAUUACAUUUUAAAUUGUACUGUUCAACGGGCACUUGAAGCAGUGUUGGAAGUCUGACAUUUUCUUUUAUUACCGCAAAGUGCAAUUUUUUUUUAAUCGAAGCACAUCAAACAAAAGAGUUGAAAUAAUCCGUGAAUAUCCUCCAGGGAAAACGCACAACUUUAGGGCAACGUGAUUAGAACAGCGCUUCCCCGCCUACCUGGUGCUGCUGGCAACAGUUUUCGUCGUGUCCCAGCUGGGUUGGUAAUCCUCAUCUGAAAAAGGCCUGUCGUGUUGAGGGACUGUGAACAGUGGGUGAGACAGACGGACCCGGACUGCCAAACGGAGCCCCUCAGCCUGGACCUGUCACAUCACUCUACCGCCAGUCCACAGAACAACCGGGCAUCUGGAGAGGAGGAGACGGAGAACAGAGGAAAAUCACCCGACAACUGUUCAACCACCACUGAACAUAUGUUUUGAGAACAGCAAAAAUCAAAGAACAGGACCUGAGCUUAUUUAUAUUGUAUUGGAAAAUUGGGAGAACAGACAGAGUUCUUGAAGGUGUCCGUAAAAGGUUCUAAAAGUGUUCUAGAAGGUGUCUGGAAAGAGUUCUGAGAGAGUUCUAGAAGGUGUCCGGAAAGAGUUCUGAGAGAGUUCUAGAAGGUGUCCGGAAGGAGUUCUGAGAGAGUUCUAGAAGGUGUCCGGAAAGAGUUCUGGGGAAAGUUCUUGACCCCGUCCUGAAAUCAAAGCCUUCUAUUGGGCACAGAGACCGAGCAGGAUGAGCGCCAGUCAAGAUUUACCAAAGGACUACUAUGAUUACCCUGACUGGAACGUGGAGAAUGCAGUGCCUACCAUGGUCCCUGUGGAAGUUAUCCCUCCAUGUGACCCCACAGCUGAUGACAGACUCUACCACAUCUGCAUCUCAUCCAUCUCUCUGAUGGUAAUGUUGAUCCUAGCAGUGCUGGCAAGGAGGAUGAAGCUGGGAGAUGGACAAAAAGGAGUUCCAGGAUUACUCAGCCCAGUGAAUUUCCUGGACCAUACGCAGCACAAGGGCCUGGCUGUAGCAGUGUUUGGAGUGCUGUUCUGCAAACUGUUUGGUUUGGUCCUCACACCAAACCCUCUCCCCUUUACCACAGACCCAGGCAACAAACAGAACUGGAUGAUCCUGUCACUGUUCUACUACCCGGUUCUCUACUACCCACUGCUGGCCUGUGGAACACUGCACAACGCUGUGGGCUAUGUUCUUGGGUCCCUGCUCUCCUGGACUCACUUCGGGGUGCUCGUCUGGCAGAAAGCUGACUGCCCCAAGACCCCUCAGAUCUAUAAGUACUACUCCCUGCUGAGCAGCCUACCACAGGUGUGCUGCCUGGCCUUCCUUAGCUUCCAGUACCCCCUGCUGCUGUUCAAGGGCCUGAAGGGAACCCAGAAAAACACCGCUAACGAGGACCUACACAGCAGCUACUACCGAGACUACGUCAAGAAGAUCCUGGAGAAGAAGAACCCUUCCAAUGCCAGUUCCAGCACUGAGAAGCCCUCAUUGGUGGAGAGAAUGACUGAUGCGGCCAAGUCAUACAUCUACACACCAGAAGAAGUUUUCCGGUUUCCCCUGAAGCUGGCGAUAUCUGGAGUGGUUUCCUUUAUAGCACUCUACCAGAUGGCUCUGGUACUGGUGGCUAGUGUAGUGCCAACCCUACAGGCAGUCCGGCGUGGAGUGAACGAAGACAUCGCCUUUCUAUUGGCAGGUUUUAAUGUGGUCCUGUCAGAGGACAAGGCAGAGGUGGUCCAGAUAGUCAUCUACUACCUGUGGUGUGUAGAAGUUUGCUACCUCUCUGCGAUGACCCUGUGCUGUUUAGUGAACCUUGCCAUGCUCAUGAGAUCCAUGGUUCUGCACCGGUCAAACCUUAAGGGUCUGUACAGAGGAGACAUCUAUAAUGUUUACAACUGCCAGCGGAGCAUCCGGCCAUCUCGCCCUGCCCUGGUCUGCUGGAUGGGAUUCACCAGCUUCCAGGCUGCUCAUAUUUGCUUAGGUAUGCUGAUCCAGACCAUGGUGUUCUUCCUCUGUUUGCUUAUCGCUGUCUUCCUCGUCAUCAUCCCUACCUUCUAUGGCCAGAACCUAAUGCUCUUCAAGGUCCUGAUCAACAUGUGGCCGUUCUGGAUGAUGCUGUUCUUAGUGGUGGUGGUCCAACAUAUCACCACUCGGUUCUGUUUCAUCAAGACGUCAGCUGGCACACCAGACCUAGACAACCGAGGCAGCCUGUUCCUGCUCACCUACCUGUUGUUCCCAGUCAACGUUCUGGUUGGUGUUCUGUUAGGGGCGUGGCGUCUCGUCAUCACAGCCCUGUUCAACAUUGUUCACCUAGGUCGCAUGGACAUAAGCCUCCUCAAUCGCAAUGUGGAGGCCUUUGACCCUGCCUAUCGAUGUUAUGCCCACUACCUGAAGAUCGAGGUGAGCCAGACCCACCCGGUCAUGAAGGCUUUCUGUGGGCUGCUGUUGCAGAAUGCUGGGCAGGACGCAGCUGGACAGAAGGCCCGGGAUGCAGAGGAAGGCAUCCAGUUAGUGAAUGAGGAGAAACACCAGCCCAAGGUCAGCAGGUCCAAGCGGGCCAGGGGCCACUGGCUGCUCCUCUACACCCUGGUCAACAACCCCUCGCUGGUCAGCUCCAGGAAGCACUUCCAGUGUCAGAGCAACGAUAGCUUCCUCAACGGAACACUCAACCAGGCCACCAAGGACGGUAGCAAGAAGGCAGGAAACAAGGAGGGAGGGACAAAGGAGACAGCGAAGGAGACACAGGCAGCAGCUAACUGAAACAGAACAUGUCCUCUGGGUUUGGGCUUCAUUCUAUUGGAAUUCAGAAAGCAAACUGAGAUUUGAAUUCCAAUUUUUAUUCAUGUUUGAAAUGUGAACAGAUUAAUU